CUAAGGAGAAUGUAAUCAUUGACAAUGUCCUUUGUCCAUUGAGAUCUUCUUGUAAAGACGACGCCUGAAAGAAGAGCUCUCUAAACAAACGUCUUGAUUAAUAGUAAUAUGAGUAAUGUACCCAACCAAAAUGGAUCAGGUCUAGAGCAGCAGUUUGCUGGUCUGGACUUGCAGGGCGGCCGCCAGCAAUCAGGUGGCCGCUACGUGCCCCCACAUCUUCGUAAUAAAGUAGCAACAGACUAUCAAGGGGGCGAGCAACAGUACUACGACAGUCGGGAUAGUCGGGAAUACCGCAGCCAGGGGAGAGGGAAUUAUUCAAGAGGCAGUCAACAAGGUCGUAGUGGCGACUACGGUAGCAGUUACCGCAACAGGCGGAACGAAGGAAACUAUAGUGGUCAGCCAUACACUAAUGGAGGAGAUCACUGGGGAGGAGAAGGAGGUAGCUACCGCCCUGCAAGCAGGGAUAGUGAUUGGGGUGGUCGAGGAGGUGGCCGUUGGCAAGAAAGAGGAGGAAAUGAACCUCCCCCACCACGCAAUGAUCGGUGGCAGGAACCACAAGGUGGACGAAACUUCAGUGGUGGCGGCGGUGGCGGCGGCGGCGGCAGCAGCAGCAGUGGUGGUGGUGGAGGAGGAGGAGGAGGAAGUAGUAGCAACAGUGGAGGAGGUCGCUGGAAAGAAGGCCAUUCUCAGGAGGUGGACUGGACCGUUCCCACAGCAAGGGAUGAACGUCUUGAAUUUGAGUUGUUUGGUUCAGGCAAUACUGGUAUCAAUUUUAACAAAUAUGAGGACAUUCCCGUGGAGGCGACGGGAGACAACGUACCAGAUCACAUUAUCAGUUUUGAUGAUGUGCAGAUGACUGAGAUAAUCUCCAAUAACAUUGUACUGGCACGAUAUGAUAAGCCAACACCAGUGCAGAAAUACGCUAUUCCAAUUAUAAUGGCUCGGCGGGAUCUAAUGGCCUGUGCCCAGACAGGAUCUGGUAAAACUGCUGCUUUUUUGGUCCCAAUUCUAAAUCAGAUGUAUGAAAGAGGACCACAGCAAGCUAUAAUCAAUGUUAGGUCGUAUGGUCGUCGCAAGCAGUACCCACUUGGCUUGGUGUUGGCCCCAACCAGGGAAUUGGCUACUCAAAUAUAUGAUGAGGCUCGCAAAUUUGCAUAUCGUUCCCGCUUGCGUCCUUGUGUUGUGUAUGGUGGUGCCAAUGUGGGGGACCAAAUGAGAGAACUGGAUCGUGGUUGUCAUUUGCUGGUGGCUACACCAGGACGUCUUGUUGAUAUGCUUGAACGAGGAAAAAUUGGACUUGAGAAUUGCAGGUAUCUGGUCUUGGAUGAAGCAGAUCGUAUGUUAGAUAUGGGUUUUGAACCACAGAUCAGACGUAUUGUACAGCAAGAUGCAAUGCCUAAAACUGGUGAGAGACAGACACUUAUGUUUUCUGCAACAUUUCCCAAAGAGAUCCAGAUGCUGGCCAGGGACUUCCUAGAUAAUUACAUAUUCUUGGCAGUUGGUCGUGUUGGCUCCACAUCAGAGAACAUUACUCAGAAGGUAGUGUGGGUAGAAGAGCAUGACAAACGCUCAUUUCUUCUUGACCUUCUAAAUGCAGCUGGAUUGAACCAACCAACACCUGAAUCGUUGACUCUUGUGUUUGUGGAAACUAAAAAGGGAGCAGAUUCUCUUGAAGAAUUUCUUCAUCAUGAAGGCUAUCCAGUUACAUCAAUUCAUGGUGAUCGUAGUCAGAGAGAACGGGAGGACGCACUGCGAAGAUUUCGUUCAGGAGCAACCCCCAUUCUUGUGGCUACUGCUGUAGCUGCCCGUGGUUUGGAUAUUCCACAUGUGAAGCAUGUAAUAAACUUUGACCUUCCAUCAGAUGUUGAAGAGUAUGUUCACCGCAUUGGACGAACAGGCCGCAUGGGUAAUUUGGGUUUAGCAACGUCUUUCUUCAAUGACAAGAAUCGUAAUCUGGUCCGAGACUUGGUGGAACUGAUAGUAGAAACAAAACAAGAAUUGCCUACAUGGCUGGAGGCCAUGGCAUCUGACCAACGAAUGCCACAGAAUAACCGACGCAGUGGUGGUGCUGGAAAGAGAUUUAGUGGAGGUUUUGGCGCAAGAGAUUAUCGUCAGCAAGGUGGAAGUCGUUCGGGAUCUUCAGGAGGUGGUGGAGGUAGGAAUACAGGAGGUUACGGAGGUUAUGGUAGUGGUGGAGGACAUUCAGGUUAUUAUGGAGGAAAUAGCAGUGGGGGUGGCUAUGGAGGCUCAUACUCAAGUGGAGGUGGUGGUGGGCCAGACUGGUGGGGUAGUUAGAUGCAUCAUCCCUGGAACUGAACUGCCAACCACCAGCUCGAGUCAUCUCAUGGUACUGUAGUCAAGCUAAAUUCACAUUACAUAAAUUCUGCAUUCAUGAAACAUACAUGGUCUUUGUGUUGUUAAAGUGGCUAAGCCAUAUACGAAAAUAAAAGUGCAUCAGACAACAAUGUACUUGGUGGAUUUUUGGAACAUAAUACUUAUUACUACUUCAUGAGAGAAACUUAACUAUAAAAGCAACAGUGUGCGGUUUAUUGAGCUUAGGGUUAUAAUUUCUUCUCUCUUAUCACUUUCUCGUGUCAAUAAAUGCACAUGAAAGGAAAUCAUCUGUUUACUUGACACGUAAUAUUAAAAUGAGUUGUUUCUUCCUGCACCUGAUAAUAAUGAAAUAUGAGUACUAGUAGUUGAAAAUUUCUUGGUUUUGAUCAAAUGUUUGUCAUUUCUUGCACAGAUGGGAAUUUACAAGUUCCUCUUUUUUCCUAGUUUCUUGAAAAUUUGUAUCUAACACCUAAUUUGAAUUCUGUGUAUUAUUAUUACUAAGUAAUUUUUUUAAAAUGCAGUAAUGGUAAAGAGCCUAGUUGUGCAUGUUGUAAAGAGCAGCAGCAGUAGCAGCAGCCCCUGCCUGCAGAGCAAAUAUAUUGGAAAAUAAAAUGAACAUGUCAAAUGUUGAUGAUUGAACAUUGUAGAACUUUAUCUUAACGUAUGAAGUUGAGAGCUGCAAGAUGGCCAGGCGAGUAUUUUCAGGAGAGUGAGCAGUAUGUGCUGGAGCUUAUCACAUUGGAAUUGUAUUUUUGUGAGUAGAGAAGUCAAUGGUAUUUCAAAGGUGGAUGGACUUUGGAGAGCUGUAGUUAUUCGGAUUCCAAUGAGGAAAUGUCUGUUCAACAGUGGAGCUAAGAUUAAUACACGAUAAUUAACAUACAUAGACUUUCUAUGUUAAUGAACACAGAUGAACUUUGAAAUAAAAGACUUCAUGUGAGCUGAUUCAUUUGAAGUGAUGGAAAUAUUCUUGAAUAACUGAAAAUUUAAAGGAAAUUGUGCACUGUAAAACUUCAGAUGAGCUUUGGAGCAGAAUUGAGAUUGUUCAUGUUCAUUCUGAGACAUAAAAGUUGGAGAGGAAAGUUCCUUUGUUUACUUGCUGCUGUUGAGGCAUAUUGCCUUCUUUGCUGAAGUGGCCAGAGGCCAACUGGAGAAAGGUGAAGUAAAUGAUUUAUGUGGUGAGUAUCACCAAAUAUAAUACUCGAUAAAAUAGUGGACUUUGAAGGGUGUGAAAAGUUUGGGGUACGUAUGUAGCGUGAAUGGGGUAGAGAAAACAAAGGCCCAAAAAAAACUGAAGCUUUAAUACACUACAUUUCCUAUUUAUACGUACGGUAUUAUUUAUGUGCAAUAAGUAUAGGAAUAUGAAUGCCAAGUUUUUUUUUCCUUGUGUGUGAUACAGUUGAAUCUCGUAUAUCAUAUGAUACAAAAGAUCUUUUAAAAACACACUCAUUCAACACAUCCUUGUACAAAAGUUACGGGUUUUCACAGGUAUCUUGUCGCAGAAAAGGGAGGGAAAGGAGUAUGUGGCAUAAGUGUAAACUAUACAGUUUUUAAAAGAAGUAGCCAUUUCAUUACCAUACUUUAUUGUGUUAUAAAAAUGCAUUAAUAAGCAAGUCAUACCCUGGGAAAAAUGUACAGUAUACAUUUUCUCAGUUUAUGUGGUGGUGCUGCUAACAUUUUUCAUCAUAUGAAAGAAGUGGCAGCUUGUUGCUAAUGAAGCUAAUAAAAUGUUAUUUUAUUUAAUAUUAUUUUCCUAUUAACAUUAACAGUAAUGAGAGGUGUGUGUACAUUUCAAAACCAAGAUUUUGGUUCUGUUGGGUAGCCUAUACUAGGCAUCCUCACAAUAUUCAUUCUUAGGCUUGAAACGUAGCAGAAAGGUGAAAUGCUUCUUCUGCGAUUGAUAACUGGGAUUUAUUCCUAGUUUAAGUACUUUUCAAUCUGUUGACAGUUUAUCAAGGAUAUUGUUUGGUGACUUUAAUGCUUAAACCCUUGAACAAUUAUUUUUGUGAAGGGAAAUUAGAAUUGUCCUAUGACUAAAUUAUUUGAAAAUCUCUUCAAACAUAAAAAUUAGUAUCUUAGAAUUCUACACGAAAUAGUGUUUAGGAAAUGUGGACUUCGAAUUCAUAGUCAGCAAGUAACACCGUAUUUUCAAAUAUUUUAACUGAUGUGAUCUUUCCAUUUAAUAAUAUGAUAGCCAUAAUUGCACUUGAUUGGACCUGAUCUCACAUGGCUAGAGGUUAUUUUUACAAGCUAUUGGUUAGGCUGUGAAAGUGAAAAAUAAUUUUUUAUGCAUUUGGAAUAUAUAACUACAGCAUAUAUCAAUAUUAUUCCAUUAUCUUGACAUUAAAGGUAAUAAUGCGCUUCCUCACCUUCAUUUAGGUACACUGCUUUUUAUUGAGAUCAGUAAUUUUGUUAGUUGGUCUAACAAAGUUGUAUCCUGCUACAUAUGGAAAUCAUGGCCCCUUGCAAGUAAUUAAGAAGCUAGUGCUGAAGAGCAAAGCAGAAGUUGGAAACACGCCAGUACCCCAAGCAAAUUGUUUUCACGCUAAAUAUUAAAUAAUAUGAAGUAAAUUAUAUGAAAAUCUAAAGAAUUGAAGGUAAUAGGCAAUCAGGGGGCUGUUGCAUUUUUACUCUUUCCUAUGUUUGGAAACAGAGUUACAAAGUAAUGUAUUUUCUCAUUUAUGUUAUCUUCAUGUUAAUCAUCAAGAGAACUAUUCUUCAUUCAUUAGUUAAUCUUAAUAUUCACAUUCUGAUCAAUUAACUAGUUUUAAGAAAACAUAUGUAUUGAAAUUGUAUGUGUGAUGCUUAACUGUAGGUGAUUUUGUAGAAAUUAUGGUUUGGUGAAAGUCAGUAUGUCUUGAAAGUGUAAAUUGGCUUGGUUAAUUGGGUCUCCAGUUUUAAAUUAUGAUUGUCUAUAAUGUCUGUUCAUGGGAUGUUAUAUAAUUUUAAUCUGGAGUUUGCUUGGUUGGGAUUGUGGUUUUUUUUUCUUUAGAAACAAAUACUUGUUUUGAAUUAAAAAUUUUGAGACCAUUGUCUCUUAUAUAUGAAAGGAGCUGUACUUUAAUAUUAUGUAUUAAUUUGCAGGUGUAUUGUUAAAUUGGAUUACACAUCUUAAAUUUCCAAACAUCUGUCAUGGUUGUUGUUUAGAACUUGGAUUUGUGUGUGUAUAUUUGUAAUUGUUUGGCCAUCUGCUGGUCUUCAAAAUGACCCUUUGUUCAGACAUUACUGUCACGGUAGUGAGUAGGAGAGUUUCAUUUGUAUAUGCUUGAGACCGUACAAGUUAGAACAUUAUUAAACAAACAGGGUUGCUAUUGUUGUAUACUGCUAGAAUCGUUCCAUAAUAUCUCCAUCCAGCAAGAUUUAAAUAUGGUUUUAAAUUGCACUGAAAAUUAAAUUUUGGGAUUAUGAUUUUACAUUAAAUUUUAGGAUUAUAAGCAUGUACACAACACCAAACAUUUGUACUAUUAGUAGGUAGGUUUUGAGGUUUUCAUGUCAGUGAGUGUGAAGACGGCUGUCUUGGUUGUGGCCCCAUAUGGUCUGAUAGAAGUUUAUGAUUGCCCUGAUGGUGGAUGCAGCAAGGACCUCUGUAACAUUGGUAGACUUCUGUCAGGCUAUAUGACAGUACAACCCAGAAAACAGCCAUCUUCUAUUUGUACUUUUGUUUUAAACAACUAUUUCUUAAACCAAACGUUUUGGUGGUUAUUAUGUGAUAACUUUGUGGUGAUGUACUUUGAUUGGUAAACAUGUUUUUCUGAAGUUAAGACCUUAUUAACCAAGUGCAUUUGCAAGUGAACUGUUGAGUCAUGUUAGACCAUGAUUUUGAACUGAUCAGAGGGCCUGAGCUACCAUCAUACAUGCUUAUAUUUAAUUUGUUUAUUUUCCUCUGAGCCCAAUAUGAUUGAAUUUGUAACAUAAAUUUAGGCUUGCAUUUGGUAUUUAUGUUCUUCAUGAUUUCUUAAAUGUGAUUACUGCCAAAUAAAAGUUGCAUUAAGUUCAGCUGCAGCAAAUUAGUGUUGUCUCACUAUAUAGAGCAUUGUGUGUAUGAAAUAUUCUAUAGUUAACAUAAUUUGAUUACGAAUUUCUGACAGCAGUGAUUAUUUAAUUAUUAGUGGCUGAUUUUCACUCAUCAGGAGAUUAUUAUAUUUGAUGUACUUCAAAACCUUUUUGAGUUCAGUGGAUCACGAGUCUUUGAAAUACUUUAUGUGUGAAAUACAUUGUACAAGGUUUCUUUUGGUGCUUUGUUACAGUAUUCCAUAUAACAUAGUCUCUAGUGUGCUGCAUCUUGUCCACAUUCGUGUGACAAGACAGUUGACAUUUUUUGGUUAUUUCUGGAAACAAAAUAGCUUGGCACCAGGAGAAACAUUUGUCACAAUAUACAGAACAUUCACAGGAAUGCUGAUAAAUUCACUUUAACACAAAUAUUAUCAGGAUAUUGUAUGAGAAAGCUUUGCACUGUACCAUAUGCAGUUUGUGUGUUAUGGACUAGCUAGAUUACUCAUAAUAGAUCUGCAGAAUGCUUAAUAUAACUUCUAAAAGUUAUAAAUAAAAAUAUUUAAAAAAAACAAAUGUUUACCCAUGUGAGCUCUCAGAAGUCAUUAUUUACUGCAGAUUCUACAUAAGCUACAUUAUGCAUUAAAUCAUCUGUGUGUCAUGUAUGGUUUGUGCAUUACGUGUUAAAUUAAUUUGUUGUGCCCUUUUGAAUUUUACCAUGAUUUAAUCUGUGAUGAGGGCAUGUUCACUCUGUUUUACCUGCUUUGAAUGUUAAGUGAACAACUUGUGUUGAACAUGAAAUUCAUCAGAUUUGUUGCAAAUUCAGUUUUGUUUGUUUGCUGUGGCAGGUUAGUGUUGGUAACUCUUGAGAUUAAAACUGCUUGUUGUGAAUGUUCAGUAUAUUUGUGGGAUGAUGACAUCCUUUGUGGUGUAACAUUGAUGAUAAUAAUAUAGCAGUAUUACUACAUUCAGUCAUAUAUUGUUGUCUUACAAAGUGUAUCUUUUGAAAGGUCAGUGGUAUGAUGUAUAAGGGAAGGCAGUUUCAGGUGCUUCCCACAGUAAAUACCAAGGGCAUGUACACAUACAGGGAAACAAACUUUUAUCCACUCUUCAUUGAAAUUGAAGUGAGAAAAUGAGAGUACUGUUGGCAAGCAUCAUACUGCAGAUUGCUUAGUCAUUCAGUUUUAACAGCACAUUGUUCACCAAGAAGCUGGUGACAAAAUAAUCUGCAACUACAGUGCUAGUAAACAUUUCACCAUACAUCAUGUUGAAAAACGUUUUUUACCCCAAGGUAUUAAUCUAGUUUGUAAAGCAGACUGGUUUACAAAAUGAUAAUGGAACUCUUUAAAUAUGUUUAUUAUUGGUUUUUUGCUAAAACAAGCAGUGAUGUUAAGAUGUGAAUGAAGUUUGAAUUUCCUUUUUACAUAAUUAAGAUCCUCUAAGGAUUUGACUGAUAAUGUUGCUCGUAGCUUUGAUACUUGAAUAUUGUGAGAAUUACUUGAAAUAUCUUUGGUCUGGAAUAGAAGUAAAUGUUUGAACUGAGAGAAACAAUGAAAAUAUUACAGCGCAACAUAAUACACUCAAUCCAUUAGAGGCUCGUAAUUAUGUAGGCAUGUAGUUACUGCAGGCGUAACUAUAGAAUGUAGCUGUACUGUGAGUAUUGUUAGAGUCUCAGGAUAGCUGUAUGAGUGAAGGGUAAGGUUUUUGAAAUCAGAUUUUUAACAAGUAAAAGAUUUGAUCAAGCAUCGUGAGGGUAUUUGCUAGUAAAUAACUUUUUCUGUGACUGUUUCAAGCAGAAAAUUCAUGAUUCUACAAGAACUCUAGUUCGUUGUUGUGGAUUUUCCUCCCCAUUGCUAUUUUCCCUUUUUGCCGUCCCUGUUCCAGUUUUACAGAAUUCAAGAUGAAAUAAAAAUGUUGGCAGAUUCUGAGAACUUGAAUAGUUACUAAAACACACACAUACACAUAAUCCUCACACCAAUGUGAAGUUUUUGAACCCAGUCAUCAUACAAAUAUCCUACCAUGUUGUAGAGAAGUGGUUGUUUACAAAAAUUAUACCUAAAUUAGGAUAAGAAAUUGUUAAAAAAAGUAAGAAUACUGCCAAUGUAAGAUGCUUGGUUGAGAAUUUACAUGAAGGAUUUUCAUGUUACAAGAAAGGGGAAAGUACUUCAGCUGGUGACUAUUUCAAAACAGACAGUAUUUUUUGAGCUUUUUGAUCUCAGAAACAGUUCCCCGUUGUGCCGGGAUCAAUUAAUGGAAGUAGUUUACAUAUGUUUUUAAUUCCAUGGUCUUCCAAGAGACAUUGGAAUCGUUUGCUAAAAUGGCUACAUCUGUGAUGUUGCAAGGCCUGCAACCUCCUGUAGUAUGAACAGUAUCUACAAAUUUUUGUGUGCUAUCAAAUAUCAUGUGCUGUUUGAAUUGCAGAAUAGUCAAAAUGUAAUUUUCAAAAGAAUUUGGAUAUUACAUUUGUGUGAACCUUUUUCAGUGCCAUUGUCCUUUAUCUUGCCACUUAACAGUGCAAACACAUUUAUUAAAUAAAGAAGAUGCUUUUAAUUCAUCCAUGGUAUAAAUCCAUAGACAACAAUAAUAAUUAAUUCAAUUAUUUAUUUUAACAUCCUAACUCAACAGCUGCAGGAGCCAGUUAUAAUAAUGAUAACAAUAAAAAAAUUAUACUUUUUUUUAAAAAAAAAUGAAACCUGAAUAUUUCUCUGGUUUGUGUUUACUCUUCCAUGAUCAUGUUAUGUUUAAUUGAAAAUAAUGUGCAGUUCUUGAUGUAACUCAGAUACUUUGUAUUCUUGUUCAUCUAUUCAAUAUCUUAAUCACAUUUGGAAAUGAUUUGAAAUGUAGGGGGUUAAGUAAGGCGCAUAAACAUUAAUGAUAAUAUUAAUAGUAGUUCCUAAUAGUUGAUUUUCAGAAAUAGAUAUGACCUGUUGCUUCAUUCCUGCCAUGAACUUGACAAUUUUGGGAUUAAACAAACAUGGCAGUCUUAUAUUCCUUGUCUUGUGUUUAAAAUGAAAAUGAGGGUGCUUGUUAUGUGCUUAGAAGUAAAUGUGUUGUUUUUAGUUCUUGAUCAUUAAUGAGUACAAACAUGUACACAUUCCCGGCACACAUUAAAUGUUUCUGACUAUUUUACAUUAAGCACACUGUUUUGAGCAACUCUUCAGGGUGUUACUAAUCAUUCCAGAGCACCAGUGAAUUGUGUCUAAAAUUAUUGAAAAUAAUUUAUAUAAUUACAAAAUUCUCUUAUGUGAAUGUAAUAAUGAAAAUGUUCUUUUCAGUGCUUACACAAAGUAGUAAUUUUGACUAGUUUACUUGCUUGUUAUGAUUGGUACUGAUAAAUGCCCUGAUUUUAAGAAACCCUGUGAUGAAAAGUUUGUAAUGCUCAAAGAAUAGUGUGUUUGAUAGACAAGUGAACUUAAGCAACAAGCAGCAACAUGCUGGGUUGCAGUUACAGUGAUUUACGUUACAUGAAAGAUUCUGCUCUCUUCCAUCACGAAAGUGCUAUUCAUGUUGGUUAUUUGAGGGGGGGCUGAAUCAUUGAAUGAUAGUUUGGGUCUAUGGAGUACAGAGUUAAGUAAACUCCUUGGAUAUCUGGACCAAACAUUUUCUUAACAUUUCCGUGCCAACAAAAUGUGAAUAGCAAAAUACAGUAACAAUAUUUGAGAAAAGUGGUGUCACAGGUACAUAAUAUGAAAGAAAGUGCAUGUAUACAUUUCAAUUACUUGGACUGCUCGUGUCUGGAGACUCUUUGUUACAUGAAUAUUCCAAGCUAAUGAUUCGUCACUUCCCAGAGCCACUGCCAAAGAAUGGUUGGUCUGAUUAUUAUAUAUUAUACAGAAUGAAUGUGUGCAUGUGUGUCUGUAGUGUGAUUGUCGUGUGAAAGAGGACAUUAACAAGUUAUUUUGAAAGAAAAUUGUGUGAAUUUUAUUAAUGAUACAAAAAUGUAGUGAAAUAUUUCAUAAAAUCUGUAUACAGUGGAAAGGGAGGGGGAAUUCCCCUCUAGUUAUUUAUAACCAAAUGGGAAAUGUGAGAAGUUAUCCUGUGUACCUGUGAUAGUCACACACUGAACAUAGUUCAAUGAGACGUAUAUGUAGUUCUUCUGCAGUUCUGUCCCAUAAUUUAUGUUUCUUGCCCUUCAACUUAUUUUUGUGUGGAAGUCUCAUAAAACAUUUCAGUAGUAAUUUUAGAUCAUUCCUUUAAGUUGACACGUUUUAACAGUUCCAUGUUCUCUUGAGUUUGUCAGAAAAUAUAUUGAAAAAGAGCUGUGACUGCAAAUCAGUAAAAUAUAUAAUAUGUUCACACAUCAUCUUUUGUGUUGACAAAGAGGGAUGGCAAAAACAAACAGUAACUCCUUUUCUGAACAAUAAUUAUUGCAUUUACAACAAUACAGUUAUUGUCUCCUUGUUUAUUUGUAGUAGUAUUGUAAGUUUUGACAAAUGACAGGAAAUAAAAAACAUACAGUGUGUAUAAUA